AAAAGAAAAAGAGCGAGGUAAAAGAAAUGGCAGACAUAGGCAAAGGAACCUCAGCCGCUGGCUGCAACGAUCGCUGUGGCUGCCCAUCUCCCUGUCCAGGUGGAGAAUCCUGCAGGUGCAGGAUGAGCGCAGCAUCUGGUGGGGAUCAAGAACACAACAUGUGCCCGUGUGGGGAGCACUGCGGCUGCAACCCUUGCACAUGCUCCAAGACCCAGACGUCCGCUAAGGGCGGCAAGGCCUUUUGCACCUGUGGGGAGGGUUGCACCUGCGCCACUUGUGCCGCUUAGACCAUGUUUAUAGCAUACUUGUAUAAUAGGGUACGAACUAGUCGAUUAGGUCCCAGUUUCUGGAAUAAAACUGUGUUUGCCAGGUCCAAAUACAACCAAACAUAUCGUUUAUUCUCUGUUCUUGUACUGAAAGCGCUUCCAUCUAAAGUCCAAUAUGAAGACCAAGCACUACAAAAAAAUGAGUGAAUUAA